AUGCAGAUUAAGGUGCGAACUCUGACCGGCAAGGAGAUCGAGCUCGACAUCGAGCCCGACUACAAGGUCUCGCGCAUAAAGGAGCGUGUCGAAGAGAAGGAAGGCAUUCCCCCGGUUCAGCAGCGUCUGAUCUUCGGCGGCAAGCAAAUGAGCGACGACAAGACGGCCGCCGAGUACAACCUCGAGGGCGGCGCCACGCUGCACCUUGUCCUCGCCCUGCGCGGCGGCACCGCAUGA